AAAUGGAAACGAACGAGGACGAACCCGUGAUUCGACUUUUCGCUGUUUGGUGCGAUGAAGCUGAAAAAUCAUAAAUUGAGCGUGGAUUUGCCUGUAUCGAAUUCAGCUACCUCAAUUCAUCGGUGAGCUGCGAUAGCAUCAAAAUAAAAGGUCAACAGGAAUAAUCACUGAAGAAUGACACAACAAGAUAUCCCAACAUUCAAGUGUGUGCUUGUUGGCGACGGAGGUACAGGCAAAACAACUUUCGUCAAACGGCACUUAACUGGUGAAUUUGAAAAGAAGUAUGUUGCAACACUAGGAGUUGAAGUUCAUCCACUGGUUUUUCACACUAACAGAGGCCCAAUCCGAUUCAAUGUUUGGGAUACAGCAGGACAAGAGAAAUUUGGCGGUCUUCGUGAUGGUUAUUACAUUCAGGGUCAGUGCGCUAUCGUCAUGUUUGACGUCACAUCACGAGUAACGUACAAAAAUGUUCCAAACUGGCAUAGAGAUCUUGUUCGUGUUUGUGAAAAUAUCCCAAUUGUUCUCUGCGGAAACAAAGUUGAUAUAAAAGACCGAAAAGUCAAGGCCAAAAGUAUAGUUUUUCAUCGGAAGAAAAAUCUUCAGUACUACGACAUCAGCGCCAAGAGCAAUUACAACUUUGAGAAACCAUUUUUAUGGCUGGCCAGAAAAUUGAUCGGGGAUGCCAACCUUGAAUUUGUAGCGAUGCCUGCUCUUGUACCUCCUGAAGUUGUAAUGGAUCCUCAGUGGCAGACCCAGAUUGAGAAAGAUCUCAGGGAAGCCCAAGAAACUGCAUUGCCAGAUGAUGAUGAAGACCUAUGAGCUCCAAUUCAAGACAGUCUUGUAUCAUCGACUUUUAUUUUCCAAUUUUUAAAACCAGUGUGAUUAAUUUUACGUAGAAUUCUUAAGUUAUUUUAUUAUGUUGUACAUACAUUUAUCAUACCUACUCUUGUUUUUAGACAAUACGAAUGUUGUUUACCUUUUUAAAAUGAAAUUGUGAUGUAAAAUGUAAUUAAUUGAGAUCAAUGAUGAUAAGUAAAAUUAAAUUCAUAAUCAAUUUAGCACCACAAAUUUUAAUUCAAUCCCGGGCAUUUCAGUAAUGUGGAAGUACGAUCUCUUUUUUACUGAGAAUAAAAAUUUUUCUAAUGUAUAA